CCUUGGGGGUAUGGCAGGUCUCUUAACACACCAAAAGCCAAAGUCAGCACCGAACAGAGUGAUAAACAGGUGUGAAUAAACACUAUGAAUUCUCUGUGACAUAAAUAAAUAAAUAGUUAAAAUACAAAGUACAAGCUAGGAGGGAAUACUUAGAAUAUACAUAACUAAGAAUUAAAAUCGGAAUCCAUAAAGUACUCCACAAAUUAAGACUAAUAAAAAAAGGCACACAACCCCAUUUAAAAAAAUGGGCAAAGGAUAUGAGCAAGCCAUCCACAGAAGACAAACUACAUAAGACCAAUAAACUCACAAAAAGAUGUUCUCUCUCCUUAGUAACCAGAGGGCCGCAAGUUAGAACAGUGUGAUACUGUUCUUUCGGGAAAUGACUAAUUCUAACUCAUCAACCCGGUCUCUGCUCAGAUGUCCCUUCCUCCAGGAAGCCCCGCCCUACCCUGGGGCUGGGUUGGGCGGCCCCUCCUCUCCCCUCCCCUCCCCUCUCCCCGGCGGCCGUCUGGGGUCUCCCAUCCCAGCCUUGCUCACUCCGCGGGUCGUCACUGUUUGGGAACUCGAGUGUGUCUCUCCCACUGGACUGGGAACUCCAGAAGGACAGGAGGGAGCUAUGGUUGCCAGUGGUCACUGCUGAGUCGCUAGCACUGCCCGGCACACGGCCGGGAACAGAGGAGGCGCUCGGGGGGUACGGGUGGAAUGAGAGAGUGAAUGAAUGUGGAAACCGAGGCCAGGUCAAUGGCAGAGCUGGGAUGUGAACCCAAGUCUGGACUGAGAGGAGGAACCUAAUUUGAUCUCCCGUCAUUUUCCCUCCCACUGAAUCCUGUCCGGAGGCCGAGCACAAGGAAGUGCCUCAUAAGGGCAUCGAAAUUGAACUUCUCGGCAACCAGAGACGUUCAGGCGGCUAGGUCGACGGCUCUCUCCAACCCAGACCUCUGCAGUCCUCCAGGACCAUAGAGAGCUGCGCGGGGACCGCCCCUCUCGAAGCUCUACGCCUCUGGGGAACGGUGAGGGCGGGAUCGAGGGCUAGAGAGGCCGGAAGUAGGGCGAGCCCGGGGACGCGCUGGCCGCGUCGGCGGUGGGACGCCUCGGUCCCUCUCCGGUUUUUUACUCGCGGUUCGGGGGCAAGGAGGCCCCAGAAGAACCUCGGGAUGGACGAAGAGGGAGUGCGGCAGCCCUCCGGGCCACCCACGAGGAAGAAAUUCUUCAUACCGCUGGGCGAAGAUGAGGCCCCUCCUGCAGGGGUCAAGCCCUUAUUCAAAUCCACCCGGAGCCUGCCCACCGUGGAGGCCUCACCUCAGGCAGGCCCUCAGACGUAUGCGGAGUAUGCCAUCUCGGGACCUCCAGGAGGGGUUGGAGCUCCACACCACAGGGGGCCAGAGCCCCUGGCAGGAGAGACCCCCAAUCAGGCCCCCAAACCGGGGGCGAAAUCCAGCAGCAUCAUUGUGAGCCCCCGCCAGAGAGGCAACCCCGUGCUGAAGUUUGUGCGUAACGUGCCCUGGGAGUUUGGUGACGUGCUUCCCGACUACGUGCUGGGCCAGAGCACCUGUGCCCUGUUCCUCAGCCUCCGCUACCACAACCUCCACCCAGAUUACAUCCACGAGCGGCUGCAGAGCCUGGGGAAGAGCUUCGCCCUGCGGGUCCUGCUCAUCCAGGUGGAUGUGAAAGAUCCUCAGCAGGCCCUCAAGGAGCUGGCCAAGAUGUGCAUCCUGGCUGACUGCACCCUGGUCCUUGCCUGGAGCCCUGAGGAGGCCGGGCGGUACCUGGAGACCUACAAGGCCUAUGAGCAGAAGCCGGCGGACCUCCUGAUGGAGAAGCUGGAGCAGGACUUCGUCUCCCGGGUGACUGAAUGUCUGACCACAGUGAAGUCAGUCAGUAAAACAGACAGCCAGACCCUUCUGACUACUUUUGGGUCUCUGGAACAGCUUGUGGCCGCAUCGCGGGAAGAUCUGGCUUUGUGCCCGGGCCUGGGACCCCAGAAGGCCCGGAGGCUGUUUGAUGUCCUACACGAGCCCUUCUUGAAAGUGCCCUGAUGACCGCAGCUGUGAAGAAGGCCCUCGGUGUAAUAAUAAAGCCGUUUUCUGGCUCAG